CACUCGGGAUGCUGGAGGAGAGGGGCAGGUUCGGUGUUCCCGCCGGAGGGGAGAUGGAGAGGUUGCCUCCUGCCAUGCGGAAGAGGCUGUACAGUCUCCCCCAGCAGAUAGGAACCAAAGACAACAUGAUGGAGUGCGACGGAGACCGUGAGCCCAACCGAAGGAGCAUUAAGAUGAAGCCACUUCCCUCACCUACUGGGGGAGGCGCAAGGUGGGCUGGGGACGCCAAGGGAGGGGAAGGCAAGACGGUGGAAACAGAUGUCAGUAAGCUCGGCAAGACCAGCUCCAACGGGGACUGCCGGCGUUUCCGUGGAAGCCUCUCCUCCGUCGGCAGCAGGCAACUGCACGAAGACGAUGUGGCUGAGGGCAAGCGCCUGAUCGGUGAAGGGGAGUCCACUCCGAGCGAGGGCACCAACCCGGGCAGCGAGGACGGCUCGAGCUCGGGGUCAGCUUCGGUACAGAGCGGGCGACCGGGCGUCAAGCAGCCGACGGCGGCGGCGACCGAGCAAGAGGAAAGGUCGGCGUUGUUUAAAGCGGACGGCACCGACCAGAUCUUCCUGGAAGACGACUUGCGGGCCAGCCAAACCGGCUUCAUGCAAAGACAGUUCGGAGCAAUGCUGCAGCCCGGAGUUAACAAGUUUUCCCUGAGAAUGUUUGGGAGCCAGAAGGCUGUAGAGAGGGAGCAGGAGCGCGUCAAAUCGGCGGGGUUUUGGAUUGUUCAUCCUUACAGCGAUUUCAGGUUCUACUGGGAUCUGACUAUGCUGCUUCUCAUGGUGGGAAACCUGAUCAUCAUUCCUGUGGGAAUUACAUUCUUUAAGGAUGAGAACACCACUCCAUGGAUUGUCUUCAAUGUCGUGUCAGACACUUUCUUUCUUGUUGAUCUAGUACUGAAUUUUAGAACUGGGAUUGUCGUGGAGGACAACACAGAGAUUAUUUUAGACCCUCAGAAAAUUAAGAUGAAGUACCUGAAGAGCUGGUUUGUGGUGGACUUCAUAUCCUCCAUCCCAGUUGACUAUAUUUUUCUAAUAGUAGAAACGAGGAUCGACUCAGAAGUUUAUAAGACUGCCAGGGCACUGCGGAUUGUAAGGUUUACCAAGAUUCUCAGCCUCCUCCGGUUGUUACGGUUAUCCCGUCUUAUCCGCUACAUCCACCAGUGGGAAGAGAUCUUCCACAUGACUUAUGACCUGGCAAGCGCAGUGGUGCGAAUCGUGAACUUGAUUGGGAUGAUGCUCUUGUUAUGCCAUUGGGAUGGUUGCCUGCAAUUCCUGGUGCCCAUGUUGCAAGAUUUCCCAGCAGAAUGCUGGGUGUCUCUCAACCAUAUGGUGGAAGAUUCCUGGACAAAGCAAUACUCGUAUGCACUGUUCAAAGCCAUGAGCCACAUGCUGUGCAUCGGGUAUGGGCAACAGGCUCCGGUUGGCAUGUCUGAUGUCUGGUUGACCAUGCUCAGUAUGAUAGUCGGGGCUACCUGCUAUGCCAUGUUCAUCGGCCAUGCCACAGCUCUCAUCCAGUCUUUGGACUCCUCUCGGAGGCAAUAUCAGGAGAAGUACAAACAGGUGGAGCAGUACAUGUCCUUCCACAAGCUGCCAGCUGACAUGCGCCAGAGAAUCCAUGAUUACUAUGAGCAUCGUUUCCAGGGCAAGAUGUUUGACGAGGAGAGUAUACUUGGGGAACUGAGUGAGCCUCUCCGUGAGGAAAUCAUUAACUUCAACUGCAGGAAGCUAGUGGCAUCCAUGCCUCUCUUUGCGAACGCAGAUCCCAACUUCGUCACGUCCAUGCUGACUAAACUGCUCUUUGAGGUCUUCCAGCCUGGGGAUUAUAUCAUCCGCGAGGGAACAAUAGGAAAGAAGAUGUACUUCAUUCAGCAUGGGCUCGUCAGUGUCCUUACAAAAGGCAAUAAGGAGACCAAACUAUCAGACGGUUCCUACUUUGGAGAGAUUUGCCUGUUGACUCGUGGUCGUCGAACAGCAAGCGUGCGAGCUGACACUUACUGCAGGCUGUACUCACUCUCUGUGGACCACUUCAAUGAAGUAUUGGAAGAAUACCCGAUGAUGAGACGUGCCUUUGAGACAGUGGCUCUGGACAGGCUCGACAGGAUAGGAAAGAAAAACUCUAUCUUGUUGCACAAGGUGCAGAACGACCUCAACUCGGGUGCUCUAAACUACCAGGAGAGCGAGAUCAUUCAGCAGAUCGUGCAGCACGACCGGGAGAUGGCGCAGAGCGUGCAGAAGCCGGCGGCCGACGUCUCCGCCCCAGCCCCGGUCAUCUGGACGCCCCUGGUGCAAGCGCCACUGCAAACUGCCGCCGCCACCACGUCGGUGGCCAUCGCCCUCACUCACCACCACCCGCGCCUCCCCGGGGGAAUGUUCCAGCCACCGCUGUCAAUCCUGGGUUCCCUGGGACAGCAAUCAGGACAGACGCCGAGCCAGUUACAGAAAGCGCAGCAGCCCGCCUCCACCCCGGGACCUUCGUCGGCGGGCUCCCCGUCCGCCACCCCAUCUCAGCUGCAGACCCCGCGGGCCGAGUCGCCUUCGGCUGCCCUGUUCCAGACCCACCAGCUGGCGGGUGGCUCGUCCUCCUCCAGCGGCCUGAGCCAAAUGCAGCAGCUCGGCGCUUCCUCGCCCACCGGAGGCUCGACUCGCGUGGCCCCGGGAGGGGCGCCGGCCGGCCGGGGGCAAGCGCAGCGCUCCAGGUCUGGCUCCGGCUCGCCUUCUCCCAGCCUGGGGCAGCUCCAGCACCUUCUGGGCAGCUCGCCGGUCUCCGCCCUCCAGUCCCCCGCCUUGGGAUCGUCCUCCCCGGUUUUCGCCCGGAUCCACCUCUCCUCGCCUGGCCCCGCUCUCCAGCCCGCGCCCAAGGCGGCGCCGGUGAACAGUGGGCACCGUCACUUCGCGGGCAGCGCCCAGCCUGUUGGGCUAAGGCAGUGUCCCCAACGGGCCGCCAGCUCACCCUUGGCCAGUCCUGGCCAGCUCGCCCAAGCCGGGGUGGCCUCCCCUCUGCCCGGUUUGAGCCACCUGCCUCAUACCGCCGCUAGCACCCCGUCGCCGCACUUUGCAAGGCCACAGGGAGGCGUAGGGCAACUCAUGAGCCCCGUGCUCCAAGUCCAAGGGGAACAGCUCAGCCACUCAGCCGCCGGGUCGCUGCUGCAGCACUCGGGCAGCAACGUACCUUCGCCCUACAUCCCCCACACCCCGAGCCCCCCGCUUCCAAGUCCGGGGCCUACACGAACAUUUCAGUGCGACCGCCCCGAUGGGUCGAGCUCCCCGACUGCUCUCCUCUUGCCUCAAGGCCCACUCCAGCAAAUCGUUACCGUCAAAAGCACGCAGCCGAUGGGACGCCUCACGCAGGACCUUAAAAUGAUCUCCACGUCUCAGCCUUCUUUGCCCCAGGAGUUGGCGCAAGCGUUGCAUCGGAGCGGUCCUUCCUCAGUAAGGGAAUCUGGGGGGAGCUUAGCGACAUUUUCUCGGGCUGGACGCCCGAAUAAACCUUGCAGCUCCAUCUCUGAGCGUAUGACUCUACCCAAGCAGAUGUCUUCAGGAUCUUUACCUCAACCGCAAGGACAAAUACCGGGAGCAUCUGCUGCUAAUUUCCCAACGUUACCUAAAGACAAAACCGUUCCCCGGAAGGGAUCAAUAGGCUUUGGUUCCGAUUUGGAAUCUGUCCGAUCUAAGCUUCCUUCUAACUUGUGA